AUGCAAAAGGGACUCUCCCAAUUAACGAUCGAUAUUCUUACGCCGUGCCUAUUAUUUUCACAAGUUGCCAAAUCAAUCGAUCUCGACACGCUGGCGCGUCUGUGGCCACUUAUCGCCUCAUUCUUUUUUUACAUGCUGAUUGGUGGAAUAUUGGGUAGUGUUCCGAUUGGUUUGAUUCAGAGUAUGAAGGCCACGAAUGCUAUUAAAUUCUUGUUUGAGAGUGACAUAGACACCCCAGAAAAAACCAUCACCAGAGUAUAUUUUGUGUUGUUACUCUUUCUAACAAAUUUACUGAAUAGAUUUAGUUUAGGAACAUGGUUAUUACAAAAAGGUCAGACGGAUGAAAUAGUUGUCGUCGAAGAGGCAAAUCAAGCUAACCACCACGCAAUGGACUCUUUGGUAAACGAGAAUACACCGUUAGUGGGUAGACAAAGAGCCUCGUCAACCUCAUUCUACAAAUGGACAGAAAAACUCUAUUAUUCAAUCAAAGAAUUGAUGAAUUUUCCUCUAUUAUCCGCAAUUUUCGCAAUAAUAAUCGGAGUAGUACCACAAUUGAAGCAACUCUUCUUUGAAUCUCAAUUAUUCUAUCAAUUAAUUACUCGUUCAAUUGAGUACCUUGGCGACAUUGCGAUCCCAAUGACGCUCUUAAUUCUUGGAUCACAAAUGAACAAUCUCUCCAUUGGUCAAAAUCGCGAAAUACUACUUCCAAUCUCAUUUAUCAUGCUGUGCAGAUUCAUCAUAAUGCCAAUAAUCGGUAUAGCCUUUUUGAUCGCGACGAGAAGCUGGUAUUUUGAAGAUCCGAUGUUGUGGUUUGUGUUGAUGUUAACUGCUAGUGGGCCGACAGCUAUCAAUCUUUUGAAUAUUGCACAGAUGGUGGGUGCGUUUGAGCAAGAGAUUUCUGCGCUGUUGGUGUAUUCGUACGUGGCAUUGAUACCAAUGUUGUCAGUCUAUGUGAUGAUUUUUUUAUCGGUGAUUGAUUGGAUUAAAUAA